AGUUGUUAUCCGUAUGUCUAUUUUAUUGUUAUUUUUUUUUGUCAUUCUUAAUGGAUGAGUGUCGUAAGAACUAACACUGAAGUAUGACCUCCAGCGUCUGUCCUCCGCCAACACCCAACCUGCGUUUACGCGUCAAGAAAUUUGAUAUUUUUAAUACUCGUGCAUUUUACGAGGUAUUUCCCCUUAGAAACUAAUUUAUUGUGACAGUGGGACGGUGUUUAGACAAGAAAAACGAAAUAAUUUGAGGUCGUUUUGACGUACUUUUUGGAUUUCUGAAUAAGCCUUUAGAUUUCAGCAACAAUGGCAGUCUUAAAAUCAAUCCUUGAUACGGAUUUGUACAAAUUCACUAUGCUUCAAGCGGUUAUGGAGCAUUAUCCGAACACUCCUGUGUCUUACCAAUUUAAAAACCGGUCGCCAGCGAUGGCAUUAAAUGAAGAGGCUAUUGACUGGUUGAAAAAGGAAAUUGAUAGCUUGAAGACGCUUUCCCUGCAGGAUGACGAAGAGAAAUGGAUGCGUGAAACUUGUCCUUACCUCAGUGAUGAGUUUUUUACCUUUUUACGCGGUUAUCGGUUCUGUCCCAGCGAACAAGUGGUUCUCACGUAUGAUGAGACAAAUAAGGAUUUAGGAAUUGCAAUUAACGGAAUGUGGCACGAAACAAUAUUGUAUGAAAUUCCUAUUCUGGCUCUUGUGUCGGAAGCGUACUUCAAGUUCGUGGACAAAGAUUGGGACUACGAAGGUCAAUUGGAUAAGGCUUUCGACAAGGGUAAACGCUUGAUAGAAAACGGUUGUGUUUUCAGCGAAUUUGGUACUCGUCGCCGCCGUGAUGUGCAUACUCAGGAUCUGGUGAUGCAGGGUUUGGUCAAGGCACGCCAGGAAGUAAAUGGCGCCGGAGCGUUUUCCGGCACAUCGAACGUGUACUUUGCGCGUAAAUACAACGUUAAACCCAUUGGAACUGUUGCUCACGAAUGGUAUAUGGGUACCGCAGCCAUCACGAACAACUACACCGCAGCCAACUACGUUGCGUCGGUGAAAUGGAGACAGACGUUUGGCAAGAAUCUCGGCAUUGCUCUCACCGACACCUUUUCCACUGAUGCUUUCCUCCGAAGCUUUACCGCGAACUCGCCCGACGAUUUGGCCAACGUGUAUGACGGCGUACGCCAAGACAGUGGUUCACCUGAAGAGUUUAUAAAGAAGGUGGUACGCCAUUACAAGGCCAUUGGCGUGAACCCCGGUACGAAACAAAUUGUUCACAGUGACUCCUUGAACGUUGACCGUUGCAUUCACUUACAAAAGUUGUGCAACGAGGCCGGAAUAGGCUGUUCGUUUGGUAUUGGCACAAACUUCACAAGCGACUUUACUCGCAAGUCUGAUCGGACGCAAAAAAGUAAACCCAUGAAUAUCGUGGUGAAGCUGUACAGUGCUGGUGGCCGCAAAGCUGUGAAGAUUAGCGACGACAUCAUGAAAAACACUGGCGACAAGCUUGCUGUUGAGCAGGCCAAGCGUGAAUUAAAGCUCCCUAUCGCUGCUAAUUAGGCACACUCGUUUAUUAUCGGGAAAAAAUGUUGGCGGAGCCAUUUGACUUAUACGCUUUUGUUUGUUUUGUCUUUUUUUGUCGUUUUUCUCAGAGCAUGGACAUUUUUCGCAUACUGUAUGGUGCUGCAUAUUGUCGGACAUUAUUGACACUAACGUACUCGUACACACAUAUUUCCUCCUUCCUAAAACCGUAACCAUAGAUGGCCAUGUAGCAGUGUGAGGGCCCAUCACCGGACAACGAGUUCCUUUUUCUUUUUUUUUUUUACUGUUUUGUUUUCUCUCAUUUCUUCCUAAGUGAGUUGCUUCUUGUUUUUGAUGUCUAUAGUAUUGGCUUUCACAACUGCUUGCUAUGCCCGCUACCAUAACAUCCAAUGUCUCCCUUCUCACUGGUGCAAACUGUCACUGACUUCUAGCGUUGUAUUCACUCUUUCCAACAAACUCAGUUUAAUACGUUACUUUUAUGCCCAUGCUUCGAGCGCUUCCAAUAACGCUCUUGCAAAUGGACUGUAGAGGAAUCCCCUGCAACGAAGGGUCUUUACUCUUAAUGUUUGCGACUUCAUACACAUGCUUUAAACUUAUGCUGCCGAUGAUUUCGUUUUUUGGUGCAUGGGCUCCCUUGUCCUUUCCCACGAGCUUCAGCAGUAGCCAGCUCGUUGGCGGAGGAUGGAUAGUAAACGUAAAUGUUCGUUUUGGUGUGAUAGUAAUCUUGCAUGGAAUUGGUACUCCGGGAACGAAGGACGCCGUUGAAGCAUUGAACUCCUUGCAAAAGUCGAUGCUCUUGACUCCUCGUGCGCCCAGAGCCGGGCCUAUGGGCGGUGUAGGUGUCGCCUUGCCGGCAGGCACGACCAGUUUUACCAAUGCAUUCUUCAGGCCACUACUACUCAUCAGGUCACAACAGUCA